UAAUUAGUUUGUACAGAAACUGUUCUACGUCAGCAAUCAAUUUUGAGUCGGUUUGACAAUCGUUGUUAACAACGCCGCUAAGCAUUGGUAUCAUCGAACAGGGAAAAUUAAUAACUCGCAUAAUCGCCACCACCUUCUCCUCGAUUUCUUUGUCUCUCCAUUCUCUCUCUCUUCUCCUCCACACCCGGUGAUCUCUAUUGCAAAUCUGAAAACAUGACUGCACUAUCAAACUCCCUUGUUUUACCCAGGAACAAACCAAAUCAUUUAUCCUCAGAUUUGAAAUCGCUUGAUCAGAGUACCAAAUUGUUGUUUGGACAAACCCAUGUGAGUAAAGUACAAUUACACACAUCUAAAAGAACACUCUCCAUUCAAGCAAGAUAUAGUGAUGAUGGAAGAUCCAACAAUGGGAAUGCCUUUGUUGGUGGCUUUGUUCUUGGUGGAUUAAUUAUUGGCACACUUGGUUGUGUAUAUGCACCUCAGAUAAGCAAGGCGUUAUCUGUAGCUGGAACUGACAAAAAGGAGUUGCUGAAGAAGCUCCCUACAUUCAUUUAUGAUGAAGAAAAAGCUUUGGAGAAAACACGGAAAAAGCUAACAGAGAAGAUAGCACAGCUGAAUGAUGCCAUUGAUGAUGUAUCUUCGCAAUUGAAAUCAGACGAUGAGGAGUCAAUUGGAAAUGGUGCUGUUGUUCCUGAAAAGACUCAAUCUGUUGCUUGAGUAUACUAUUUUUGUGUUUUUGUCUUCUUCACAGAUGUUUGAUGCUUAUUUUAAGAAAUAAUAGUGGACGUAUGUUAUUGGGUAUAAAAGAUAUAACUGGAUAUAUAAAUUUGUGGAUGCAAAUGUUGCUUUGAUCAUCUCGUAAUACAUUAUACAUGUAAUGUUUUGGGUG